AUGGAGUACCCGAUCGAGAUCACACAGAACAUCUUCCCAGAGUCACUGGACACUCUAUCACUUCAAUCAUAUAGGAAUGACAAACUUGAGCCUGGUUUGUUGCCAGAGUCAAUUAGACGACUGGUUAUUGUCAACAAUCUAUUCAAACCAAUCACUCCUGGUGUACUACCGACACGUCUAAGACAAUUGAAGAUAUGCUCAGUGGAUGGCGUCACAAGGAGAAUACUGCCAAACACUCUCAAAUUCUUGACAAUCAUGGACUUUAGAACACCGAUCACCAGCGAACAACUGCCAGAGUCACUCACUUGGUUGACCACUGAUGGAGACAUACCAAUCCUGUCCAAAGACUCAAAGCUACUAACCUUGGAUUUGGCUGGUUUCAAAGCCAGACAGCACAUUCAGUAUGGACAACUACCAGACUCAAUCACUCGCCUGUCAAUUCCCCGUGCCACAGGACAGAACAAGGGCAAUACGGCAUGGCCUCCACUACUGUCUCACGUAACCCUGGGCACAACCAGCCAUUUCAGAUUCGACGGUACCUUCCCCAAGACUCUGAGAUCAGUCGGAGUCAGGGACCCCAUCCAACUCGAGGGUCAACUACCUCGCUUCACCACCAAAAUAGAUAGUCUUCAUCUCACAAUCUAUCUACUGGCAGAGAAGGCAACUGCUAAGAAGCUGCUGCGAUUCAUCAAGUCUCUAUACAUUAGUGUUCCCAAUGUGACCACCUACUACUUGAAAUUCUUGGACGGCUCACUUAUGAAGCUGCGACGACUGGACAAACGCUACACACUGAGCGUGUUUCAAAGGUCAUCAGACCCCAGGUCUUUGUAUAUCGCAUGGCUCUAUUCGCGUUACCUCUCGAGUGAUGUAAAUGCUGAAUGUCACUCAUUGGGUCUCCAAGCUCGUUUGACAAAUCGUUUCAACAAAGAAGAUAACAACAACACCUUUGUCCAGAUAAUGACCAUUCCUGAUGCUGUUGCCCAAACCAAGAUGAAAUAA